UCGCGUUGCGACAUGUUGAGAGCAAGUUUGCAAAUAUCUAUGACUAUGACUGAAAAGGCGCCGUUUUAAAAAUUUGACAGCAUGGCUCUCCAUGUACCGCUGCCUUAGCGAAUCAGUAUUUAUAUGAAUGAAAGCAACGUGCGAAGCCUUUUAUGCACUCAGUUGGUCUGAAUCAGUGAUUCCCGAUAGUACAACAACAACAACGGUAAGAACUGGUUUGUCAGCUUCACAGAUUGUACAGUGACAACAUAUUGUAACACCAGCAAAUCAAUACAAACAUGGAGAAUUUUGUACUGUAUGAAGAACUUGGAAGGGGAGACCACUCAAUUGUUUAUAAGGGUAGAAGAAAAGGCACAAUUAACUUUGUUGCCAUACACUGUGUGGAGAAGUGCAUGAGGCCUGAAGUGACAAAUACUGUGAGAAUGACCCAUGGAAUCACCCAUACUAAUGUGGUUCAGUUUCAUGAAUGGUAUGAAACCAGCAACCACCUGUGGCUGGUUGUGGAGCUUUGUACAGGUGGAAGUCUGGAGUCCAUUAUCACCCAGGAUAACCAUUUACCUGAGAGUUCUGUGAGGGAGUUUGGUGUGGAUUUAGUCACCGGCCUUCAUUAUAUACACACUCUGGACAUCCUCUUCUGUGACCUCAGGCCAUCCAAGAUCCUGCUGGAUGGUCCUGGAGUGCUGAAGUAUGCUGACUUUGGUCUGUCAAAAGUGGACGGCGAGGACUUGGUGGAAUUGUUUGAGAAGUUUGCCGAGGCAGGUGAGGCAGGGGCAGGGGACAUAGACACAGAGGAGCUGCGGAAGAAGUCAAUAGCAGGUUCUCCCACCUACAUGGCUCCGGAGGUAACUAAGGGGAGAGAACCCACUGUGCACAGUGAUUUGUGGUCACUGGGCUGCAUCUUCUACCAAAUGUUCACAGGUCAUCCGCCGUUUCUGGCAGAGUCCCUAGAGGAUCUUGUGGACAAGAUUCAAAAUGAUGAUUUUCCUCCUCCGAGGAUUAAAGGCACUCGCUUCUCAGCCAAACCCUCGCCUGAUUUCCUCAGCUUACUUCGUGGACUGCUUCAGAAGGACCCACUCAGAAGGUUAACCUGGCCAGGACUGGUCACUCACACUUUCUGGGAAGGUCGGCUGAAAGAUUUGGCAAAGGACUUUGUUUCUUCUCAGGAAUUUACCCAGAAUUCCCUGACACCACACGCAGCAGUAUAAUAGAGCACAGGGUGGUUCUGUGCUGGGCAGGGUGAAACUGUAGAUUUAGGUCGAGUCAGGACCGUCCCAUGUGUAUUUCUCACACCAUAUGCCCUUGUCACUUCAGGCUCAGUGAUUGGGGACCACAUGAGGCCCAAGACAGCUCCUGGGGAGGAAGGAGGUCAUCUGUUCACCCUCAGUGCACGACCUCAUACAGCUGCCGAGGUUGACAGCAAAGUUAACUCCCCUGCCAGGACUGUUCAGUCCCCGCUGUCUACUCAUCCCUUGUUGACGGCCCGUGAAGGCAUUGAUGGGGUGGAUGUGGGAAUUAGCAGUGCCACUGAACUCAUCUUCCACUCCAGUGACUUUAGCAUAACUCCUAUAGUGGACAACCCAAAGAUCCAGAAACCUGCUUCACUGAAGUACGAUGUGAAGAUGUUGCAGGUGCCCCCAUAUUCAGUGGAGAAGAUUUUAUCAUUGUCAGAGAAGGACAUGGUGAAACAUCUGAAGAUAAUUGUGGAUAACAUAGCUUGCCCAGAGAAAGGCCCUCCCUCCCAGAAGAGGGUGAAUCUGCUGAAUUAUGCGGGCAGCAUCGCUGCUAACAGCUUGAUCGCAGGCUACCUGGUCAGGAUGGGAACCCUGGGGGUGCUGGCUAGGCAGGUCAAGGAAACACAACACCUGGAUGGGAGAGUGAAGCUGGCUAGGACAUUAGGACUGACAGCUGCUCACUGUACAGAGCUUGACACCAGUCUCAAUCUCUCUGAGGUUUUCACUUUGUUAACUGAGGUGAUUCGGGAAAAUGGAAAAAAUGCGCGUUUGCGUCACGGGCUGUUGCCAGCACUAGGAGAAAUGCUGUACCUCGUGGCCUCUCAGGAGGACAUGCUAGGAGCCCCUGUAGAGGCCUGGACUGUCCCUGCCAUGACGUAUACUGUUAUUACACGCUGCUGUGGUAAAGGGGAAGAUGGGGUUGUUAAUCAUCAGGCAGCUAAGAUCAUAGAGAAUGUAGCAGCAACCAGUGGACAGCACUGUCAGAAGUUUGUCAGUACAGAGGUGGCCCAGGCCCUGUGGCUUAUCUUUAAGAACGUGACCCUAGAGGCUGUUAGAGUGACGGCACUCUCCGCAUUGUGUCGCAUAACGCGUCACUUGCCACAAGUGUUCCAGAGCGUCCUUGACACAGUGGGAUUACCCACAAUGCUCUGCUCCCUGUCCAGCGGAAGUACUCGUGUUCAGCAGGCAUUAAUAACGAUGUUCGGGGCCCUCAUUGGAUCAGCCAAUCAUCUUACUCGUCUCCUACACAAUAAGGAUUUUCUUCUCAAGGUGAUGCGACUGUUAGAGAGCCCGUCCAAUAUCAUCCGCGCAAAGGCCUUUAUAGUGCUGUAUGAGGUAAUCCACAGCAGCCAGGAGAUGUUGUUAGCAAGCUGUCAAUCAAGGUUAGUGAUGUAUGUGGAAAGGGACUGCAGAAGACAAGCUCCAGCCAAGGGAGAUAACCAAGAGGCUUGGACGUACCUGACAAAGUGCUUAGAGUUGAUAGUGACCCAUAUUGUCAACGUGGUGCCAGAAAUCUGCAAAGACAUCUUGACAUCAUUAGAAGCUGUACAUGGGAGAAAGCAUCCAUCCGCAUACCAAGGGAAGCAACUCAAGUCGGCUUUGCCACAAAUGUCCAUCCUCCUCCAUCUCAUCACAAGUCAGAUAUUCCGUCCAAGAAUUGUCACGGAGGUAUUUAUGGUGAAUUUGUCAGAACUUCUGGCUCAUGUCAAGUCCAUGGAACUGAGAGAAACUAGCAUAGAGGGAGCCACUGGCCCAGCUAAGGUGGCAGAGUUCAUCAGUGCUGUCCUGUCAGUGCUGGAGGGCAUUUCCCAGCACCCUUCACUGCUUGUCAAGCAUGAUCAGGUUGUCAUAGAAACCAUUCUACCCACUGUAGCAGAAUUGGUUGGCAGCCAAAAUGCUGACACUAGAGCGACAGCACUGCGCCUGUUCUCUGAGAUGGCUCUAGUUUACCUUAGUCGUGAGCGCUACACCAAUGCUGAGGAUCAGCGCUACAACAUCAAUGCUGAGGAUCAGCACUACAACAUCAAUGCUGAAGAUCAGCGCUACAACAUCAGCCAGCUCCACACUACCAUCAGCAAACAUCUCUUCCCACAAUACGAGCAGAUCUUGCUGGACCGCGACCCACUGCCCAGCUAUGGCCUAAAGCUUCUGAUCUCUCUGCUGGAGGAAAACCCAAGCUUUGUGAAGGAGUUUGAACACUUAGGCCUUGUGCCAGUGCUAUUCAAAAUAUUGGAGGAUCAUCAGAACAAUCCGUUUAGCAACACAAUGCAGAGCAUCCUGGGAAUCAUCAACUGUCUGGUGGGACAUCGUGAUACAGACAUGGAGGAGUUGUACAGUCAAGGAUUGCUGGACCAGUACGUGGUGAUAUUCUAUGAGGUGUAUGGGGAGUGGCAGUCUGGGGAGGGGGAAGGCAAGCCUGUGGGGCCAGUCCUACAACUCUUACUUGAAAUGCUCACCAGCCUGUUCAAACAUGUCUCAGAUGUUGUCAGGAAAGCUCUACAGGCCAAAAGGACAGGUGGCACCUCCAGCACGAGGGAGGCCGAACAGGCUGAAGCCAUGUUGUUGAAGAAUAAAUCACUGACAGACUUGAUGGGACCUUUGACACAUCUGCUGUGUCAUGAAGAUGGGGAGAUGCAGGAUCUGGCCACAAAGUGCCUCUCCCUGAUGGUGCAGCUGUUUGGAGGAGAGAACAGGGAAGCCCUCUCUGCAGAGAAUAUGAUGUGUUACAGCAGGGCACUACAGACAGCUGACAGCAAGAAACAGAAGAUAUUAUUGCGGAUUAUUAAGCGAUUGAUUUCUACAGAAAUGGUUCAUGCUGAUUCUGUCAAACAAAAUGGGGAAUACUUGGUGCAAGCUGUUGAAUCACUGGCACAUACGGCAAGCUCCCAUGCCGAUAUUGCAGUUUCCACCUUAGCAGCAGAGAUUCUUAAACUUACAUCUGAGUGAAACUGGGUAUCAAGAUGUAACGGAAGGAUUGGAUUAAUGUCCUAAAUUUGCAGAGGAAUUUUAACAUAAAACCCGAGUGCACCAUGCAUUUGAACAAGAUGUAGUCUAGUUCAUUACUGCUUUAUAGCAUUUUAUAUUGUUUCAAGACAGAUCAGCUGUGUUUGCUGAUGUAUGUCCACAGAAGAUAAUGAUGUCAAACAUGAAAAGCAUUGCAUAUUUAUGACUAGGGAUUGUCCUACCCAGCAGCUUGCAAGCCUGGGUAUAGAUUGUGAUGAUCUGAAAUGUGAUAGGUGGUUCAAUUUGGAAUGUCUCGGAUUAAUUCCAUUUGGUAGGCCAUGAGUCUCAGUUGUAGGAGCACUGCUGUCAUCUUUUCAGCUAAAUGGUUUUAACUUCAGUUCAUGUAUUCAUGUGCAUGCACAACAUAAUUAUCAAGGAAGGAUAGUUUGUGUUUUGGUGUUCAAAGUUUGAGCUACUUCAGUGUUGUAAUACACACUUUUGUACAUGUGUUUAAAAAAGAUUUGUAUAACUGUACGGGGCUUCCGUGGCUCAGUCGGUUAGCGCGCUAGCGCAGCGUAAUGACCCAGGAGCUUCUCACCAAUGCGGUUGCUGUGAGUUCAAGUCCAGCUCAUGCUGGCUUCCUCUGUGGCUGUAAGUGGGAAGGUCUGGCAUCAACAUGCAGAUGAUCGUGGGUUUCCUCCAGGCUCUCCCCAGUUUCCUCCCACCAUAAUGCUGGCCGCCGUUGUAUAAGUGAAAUAUUCUUGAGUACGGCGUAAAACACCAAAUACAGAAAAAAAUAAAUAUAACUCUAAAUAUCGUAAUAUGUAAAACUAGAUGCUAAGCAUGCAGUGUACAAGACUCCCAUAUACAUUUCAGGGCCUUCUGUCAUGUCUGUGAUAAUGGGAAAUAAGAGAAAUUUAUUGCAUAUUUAAGUGGUGGAAAAAGCCAACUUUUCACGCAACAUACAUGAAGUUGCAGUUUCACAUUCCAUCCCCGAUUCCCAAGCAUUUUUGACCACUUCGCAAAAUUUUUGAUUACUCUGUCCACCAAUCUCCAAGCAUUUGCAGCCACUGUACUCUAUUUCUGAACACUGUGUCCACCAACCCCCAAGCAUUUGUGACCACUGUAUACAAUUUCUGAACACUUUGUCCACCAACUCCCAAGCAUUUGUGACCACUGUACGCAAUUUCUGAACACUGUGUCCACCAACUCCCAAGCAUUUGUGACCACUGUAUACAAUUUCUGAACAGUCUGUCCACCAACUCCCAAACAUUUGUGAUCACUGUACACAUUUUCUGAACACGCUGUCCAUUAACUCCCAACCAUUUGUAGCCGCUGUGCAAAAUUUUGGAUCAUUCCUUUGCAGAUCCUAACCAUUUGUUGCCGCUCCAUGUAUAUUAUUGCUGACCAUUCCAUCAAAAUGGCACAAAUAUUUGAGGUCACUGCAAACAUUAAAAUCCCCUCAUAUGCAGGAGACCUCUAAAACAGGUUCCACAUACCUGCAGAAUGAAUAUAUAUUUAAACUUUAUGCAGUGGCCCAGGGGACUAUGUUCCUUUCUAUGUAUACAUGCAGCUUAAUGUGUAUCAGACUGUCUAUCCAUCAUUUUAUAUGUUUUAGUAGUGCUAUUGAUGCUUUUGAAGCUGUUGGGUUUAGUUCAGUUUUUUUUUUUUUUUUGUCCAGAUAUUUUUCAAUUAUCUGUUUCCUUGAUUUUGGCUCAGUGUUCAGUUUAAAAACAAUAGUUACUUUUUAAAUUCAAAUAUGUGGUUUAGUUAUGUACAUGGACACAUACACAUUUGGAUGAGUCACCUUAUUGUCCUUUUUAUGUUACUCAGUCUUAAAAUUUUUUCUGAGGAAACAGGUUUCCAUUAAUAUUGUACAGAGCUAAUUGGUCGUUGCAUUUGUGGUUUCUUGAUCAGAUCGAGUCAUACAUUAAACCGUUAAACUGAGUUGUCGCUGGUAGGCUGAUGUGAGAUAAACAUGUUCAGGCUAAGUUAAAGAGGAGUUUUCGUUAUGGUACAUUUAUUCAUGUGUGACCAAUGCUGCCAGCGUUAUACCAGUUUCCACCACUCAGUGUCAAUUCUGUAUCCUUUCAACAAUACAUAUAUUUGUACUGGUGGAAUGACUACCAGGCCGUAACUUCAUAUUACAUAACUUCAGUCAGAUUCAAGUCAGUAGGGCAAAAUUCUAUAUUCUAAACGUGUGUAACAUUAGCAAGUGCUGUGUUGUAUUUUAAGCAAAUGAAAGAAGACACUUUUUCAUUUCUGCAGAAUUUAUCGUCAAAGAAAAGCAGAAAUCUGCUGUAUAAAAGAAAAAAUUAUCAAUCUGGGUAGCCCCCCAGAUGCAAGCUGCAUACAAGUAUUAUUUAUUUAUUUUUUCAGAACUAUGUAUUUUUUGGUUUGUAAACC